AACAGUUAUGAAGCCCGCUGACAGCACAACAGACAAACGCAACGCAUGAAAGGGGUUUUGGUGUCAGGUUCCUGCUGAGGUUGUUCUGUUGUGCUUGUUAGGCUAAGAUCCCCGUUCACCAGGUUUUUAAUGAGUGAGCUGAAACUCGUAUUUGAAUCAUGGAUGUUUAAGAUCAUUGUUGAAAUCUCUGGGUGAUGGCCUGCUCAGAGCCUGUAAGUGCAGAAGGGGAGAAUAUGUCACUGGAUGCUGCCCCGAGGAAGCCGCGGAUUCUACUUGCUGCUAGUGGGAGUGUUGCUGCUGUCAAAUUUGCAAAUCUUUGUCAUUCUUUCUCUGAUUGGGCAGAAGUAAGAGCAGUUGCCACGAGCUCAUCUUUGCAUUUUAUUGACAGAGCAUCAAUGCCCAAAGAUGUAAUUUUAUAUACGGAUGAGGAUGAAUGGUCUUGUUGGAAGAAACUAGGCGAUAGUGUGCUUCACAUUGAGCUUCGUAGAUGGGCUGAUAUCAUGGUCAUUGCUCCUUUAUCGGCAAACACUCUUGGAAAGAUUGCUGGAGGGUUGUGUGACAAUCUACUGACAUGUAUCGUGCGAGCCUGGGACUACAGCAAGCCAUUCUUUGUUGCACCAGCCAUGAACACUUUUAUGUGGAACAAUCCUUUUACAGAGCGGCAUCUCAUCUCUAUCGAUGAGCUUGGCAUUUCUCUCAUCCCACCUGUUACAAAGAGGUUAGCUUGCGGGGAUUACGGCAAUGGUGCAAUGGCUGAACCCUCUACCAUUUACUCAACUGUAAGGCUCUUUUAUGAGUCAAAGGCUCAGCAAGGUAAUGGUGAUAUCUAACAAUGUUGACAACCGGACAAGUAUGAAUUGCAUACUAGGACUUGUCUUGACACCUUGUUCUUGUUCCAUUGUGUCAUUGUUUUUAGCAUCUGUAUUUCUCUUACAUAUAUCCCCAUCACAGGUGGUGUAUAUUAUCGUAGAGGGAAUGUGCUUCAGUGUCCUUUAUGUCUCGUAUAGUGAUGCCUGUAUACCUCCCUAAUUCAAAGUACUAGGUUUAUGCUCUUAUACAUGCUUUAUAUGUGUGCCUGUGUAGCAUUAUUUCAUGUGAAAUUUUAGCUAACACAAGAUUGUUUCCCUGUCUGGAGAGUGACCUCAAAAUACUUGAACAAAUUUUCAGUUGUCUUUUCAGUAUAAAUGAAGGUGCUAGGUUGGUGUUU